UGUGAGCCCGCGACUCGGUAGCCGGAAGUCGUCCGAGCUGAGGCUGUGGCCGCCACAGCCGAUCUGGACAGCAAUCAGCUCCGGCUGGCAGCCAGUAUGGCAGGGCGUGAGACGCUGGAGGAACUGGUGCGACUUCAGGGAGAGCGCGUGCGGGGCCUUAAGCAGCAGAAGGCCAGCACUGAGCAGAUCGAGGAGGAGGUGGCAAAACUACUGAAACUGAAGGCACAGCUCGGCCCUGAUGAAGGGAAACAUAAGUUUGUGCUCAAAACUCCCAAGGGCACGAGAGACUACAGUCCCCGGCAGAUGGCCGUUCGGGAGAAGGUGUUUGACGUGAUCAUCGGCUGCUUCAAGCGCCACGGUGCGGAAGUGAUCGACACUCCUGUGUUUGAACUGAAGGAAACACUGACUGGAAAGUACGGGGAAGACUCUAAGCUUAUCUAUGACCUGAAGGACCAGGGUGGCGAGCUGCUGUCCCUCCGCUAUGACCUCACUGUUCCUUUUGCGCGAUACUUGGCAAUGAAUAAACUGACCAAUAUUAAACGCUACCACAUAGCCAAAGUGUAUCGGCGGGAUAACCCAGCAAUGACCAGAGGCCGGUAUCGGGAAUUCUACCAGUGUGACUUUGACAUUGCCGGGCAGUUUGACCCCAUGAUUCCCGAUGCGGAGUGCCUGAAGAUCAUGUGUGAAAUCCUGAGUUCACUCCAGAUAGGCGAUUUUCUGGUCAAGGUGAAUGAUCGGCGCAUCCUGGAUGGGCUGUUUGCCAUCUGCGGUGUUCCUGACACCAAGUUCCGCACCAUCUGCUCCUCGGUGGACAAGCUGGACAAGAUGUCCUGGGAAGAAGUAAAGAAUGAGAUGGUGGGAGAGAAGGGCCUGGCACCCGAGGUGGCCGACCGCAUUGGGGACUACGUCCAACAGCACGGCGGGGUAUCCCUGGUGGAACAGCUACUCCAGGAUCCUAAACUGUCCCAAAACAAACAGGCCUUGGAGGGCCUGGGAGACCUGAAGCUGCUAUUUGAAUACCUGACCCUGUUUGGCGUCGCUGACAAGGUGAGUCCGUUUGAUGCGGGAGCCCUGGGGCUGGAGGACCUUGAGCCUCAUCCGGAACUGAGCUUGCUCUUAUCCCCCCAGAUCUCCUUCGACCUGAGCCUUGCUCGAGGGCUGGACUACUAUACCGGGGUGAUCUAUGAGGCGGUGCUGCUGCAGCCCCCUGCCCAAGCUGGAGAAGAACCCCUGGGUGUGGGCAGUGUGGCCGCUGGAGGGCGCUAUGAUGGGCUGGUGGGCAUGUUUGACCCCAAAGGGCGCAAGGUGCCGUGCGUGGGACUCAGCAUUGGGGUAGAGCGGAUCUUCUCCAUCGUCGAGCAGAGGCUGGAGGCGUUGGAGGAGAAGGUCCGGACCACAGAGACACAGGUGCUUGUGGCAUCUGCACAGAAGAAGCUGCUGGAGGAGAGACUGAAGCUGGUCUCAGAGCUCUGGGAUGCUGGCAUCAAGGCAGAGCUGCUCUACAAGAAGAACCCCAAGUUACUGAACCAGCUGCAGUACUGUGAGGAGGCGGGCAUCCCACUGGUGGCCAUCAUCGGUGAGCAGGAACUCAAGGACGGGGUCGUCAAGCUGCGCUCAGUGACCAGCAGGGAAGAGGUGGACGUCCGCAGGGAAGACCUCGUGGAGGAAAUCAAAAGGAGAACGAGCCAGCCCUCUUGCACCUGCUGAGUAAAGCCAACCACCCGAGGAACGUGGGACUGGCACGACUUACAGCGAAAACAAAACUCUGCAAAAGUACUGAAUUCAACAGCCUGGCACACUUCUGUUCCAGCAGGAAGACCCGAAGAGUGGUCAGAACGGAGACAUUUUUAUUACGAUUAUUUUAUUGAUAAUCACAGGCACGAAGGGCCCGCUGCUACACCAUUUUCCACAUGAGGCCCUGGGGGCUUAGCCCUGCGUGUGCGCCUGAGGCCCGACCUGGUCUCCGCCGCCGCAGGGCCCACAGCCAGCCGCCUAAGGUCCAAUAAAAUGCCUCAACCACUGGA